AACCUCUCCCGCAGUCAGAUCUGCGCGUAAAUUGAGGUGAAUACGCACGUCAACUGCAGCGACUCACAGUAUGAAUGUUUUUGCACCGAACACUGUCAAAGACGAGCUUAAAGCGUUGCCAUUGAAACGACACCGCCCACUUUUAGGAAGUGCUACUUUGUUUCGGUUUACUAGUAUUUCCUAGCUAUCACCAGAAAGCCUUGUACUAGCGUAACGAGAGUACAUUUUGUGGAGACGCCGGGAGUCCCAAACCAAAAUGCAGGAUGAGUCUAUGGGCAGUGGAGGGGAAGAGGAAGUGGAAACAUUAGAGGAUAUAACUGAUGCACGACCAGAUCGGAAAGGAAGGUUCAUCCUUUUUGGAGGCAAAAAGAGAAAAGAUGAACAACCCCAGGAGCAAGAACCCAUUCCAGAAAGUCAUCACAGAGUUGUAUGUCCAAAAUUCCAGUAUAACAUGAACUGCAGCAAUGUUGGCAAGUGCAUCAUUAUCAACAACAAAAACUUUGAUGAACAUACAGGAAUGAAUGUGCGUAAUGGCACAGAUAAAGAUGCAGGAGAAUUAUAUAAAUGUUUCAAAAGCCUUGGAUUUGAAGUACGCAUUUACAAUGAUCAGACAUGUGAAAAAAUGCAAAAUCUUCUCAGAACUGCCUCAGAGGAAGACCAUAGUGAUAGAUCAUGCUUUGCAUGCAUCCUUUUAAGCCAUGGAGAAGAAGGUAUGAUCUAUGGAACUGAUGGACCCAUGGCCAUAAAGACGAUGACUUCACUUUUUAGAGGAGACAUGUGUAAGAGUCUUGUUGGAAAGCCCAAACUUUUUUUUAUUCAGGCUUGUAGAGGUUCUGAGUUUGAUAAUGGGAUCCAGACAGAUUCAGGACCACCAAGUGAAUGUUUGGAGACAGAUGCAAAUCCAAGACACAAAAUUCCAGUUGAGGCAGAUUUCUUGUUUGCCUAUUCCACUGUUCCAGGCUAUUAUUCUUGGAGGAAUCCGGGGCGAGGGUCCUGGUUUGUGCAGGCUCUGUGCAACGUUCUGAAUGAAUAUGGGAAGCAGCUGGAGAUCAUGCAGAUCCUGACUAGAGUCAACUACAUGGUAGCCACCAGUUUUGAGUCCUGGUCAGAAGACCCUCGCUUUAGUGAAAAGAAACAAAUACCAUGUGUAGUUUCCAUGCUUACAAAAGAACUUUAUUUUAAUUAAGUCUUCAGGAAAAUCAUUACUAGUUGAACAUUCAGGGAGAUUAAAAAAGCUACUUUUACACAGUUGAAAUUUUAUUGUCCAGUCACAAUGAUGCUUGUCUUUAAAGGUGUCCAUUACACACAGCAGACUGGUAGUGUAAUAUGUAUUCAUGUUGCUUGUGGGGUUCACAAAAUACUGUAUUGGUUUGCAGAAAAGUACCCAAAUAUUUACCUUUUUUUCAUUGAAAUUCAAUGAGCACCUGUUGUUUACAAUGUAUAAAUGAAACUUUUUUAUAUUUGUGGUUUAGAAUAAAUUUAUAAAACAUCUAGAGCCAUAUUAAUGUUUGCUGAAGAAAUAAAACAUGAUAUAUUAAAGCACAA